UUGCAGUAUCAAAGUGGAGUUUAUGCUGGGCAACCAAAUCAAAAUGUCGGAUCGAUGCUGCAGCAGCACCAACCGAAUAGUUUUCCCAACAGGGUUCCACCAACAAAUGCACAUUUGGACUUUCGGGAUAGACGAACAUCAUGGAAUACCGAAUCACACCAAGAGCCAUUUUUUCACAGAAGUUUAAAAAAUCAACGCCGAAGGAAAUCCCAUCUUGAUGAUAUUUAUGGUCCAAACUUUGAAGAAUACCAGAAAAAAGAAUACCACAGAAGAAGGUAUUCUAAAUGGGACCAAUCGGACCACAGAAGUUCAGUUCUGCGAUCAAUCAAACAAAGCUCUUCGCAGAAAUCUGAAAGUGAUAGUAGGGAUUGUCACUCUAAGAAUGAUAAUAAAAAGCAAUUCACUGAUGAAAUUGACAAUAAUAAAAAGGUGGGCUGUGAUAAUGACAAUAGUCGGGUAUCGGGCUUUUCAGAAAAAUCCACUUUACCAAAUGCAAACGUUCCAAAUGAGACAAUACCCAAAAAAGUAUGUGAGGAUCUAAAAAGCACUACAAAAUGUGUUAACUUCGAAGAUAACACGGACCAAGUCAAACAGUUUCGUGAAAGUACGAAUAAAAUGAUUAACAUCAUCAGUGAUGAGAAAAUUACAAAUUCUACAGAAACAGUCAACAUAGUUGACCGAAAAAAAUCAAUUGAGGUCGAUGAUGAAAACAUGUCUGAAGAAAAAUCUGCCUUAACAAAUACUUCUAACUUCCAUCUACGAGAUAAUUCAUUGGAAAAAACUUUUUCCUCUGAUAGAAAAAUUGAAUCUGAUGAGGAAACUGUAUAUCACAGUGAUUUGAUAGACAUUGACAAAAUUGAUAAAACCAAAUCAUUUUUACCGACACUGAAAAAUAUUGAUGAAGAUGGCUCAUGUCGUGAUAAAAGAAGGAACAUUGACAACUCAAAUAAUAUGGUUCAAAUGCCAUCAAAUAAUUUUCCGGAUAUAAAUUCUGAUCGAUUGUUAAGUGAAUUGACCGAAGCAAUACAAGAUAACACCGAUAAAAAAACGGUAGAGGAUGUUACGAAUGAUCGAGCUUUAUCUACCGAGAACGAGCUCGUUAUUCAUUCCGGUAUACAUAAUGAAAAUAAUAAGCCCUCAAAAACAACAAUAAAUGGAAAUAAAUCCUCUACAGAAAGCUCUUCGCCAGUUGACCGCUUAAAACAAUCGAAAAACUGCAGUGAACAUACCAAAACAAAAUUCAAAAAACAAUGUUCUGAACAGAAGAAAAUUAUCGAAAAGAAAAAGUCUUCUAACGGGAAAAUGUCGUCAUUAUAUUAUCCCGCGUUGGCUAAUUAUACCAUCCCUAAACUGACAGAAAAGCCAAAUAAGUUCUCAGGGAUCGACGAACCAUACAUGAAAAAAAUGGAAUCUCUAUUUGGAAUUGAUGAGGAUGAUGAAAACAACCAAAGGAAGGUGAAGCCAGUGAAAAUUAAUAUUGAUUCUGAAAACAAGUCUAAAAAAAGGCUCAGUGCUAUAAACGAACAUUCAGAUUCAAAAAAGAGACGUACAGAUGGUGGUGCUACAAAAUUUCUUAAGGAGCCUAUGGGGGAUAAAAUUCGAAUAAGCAAAACAGCAACCGAAGAAGAAAAUAGAAAAAAUAAACAUACUUCCAAUAUCUCGAAGACCUUGAAAUCGACUAAUGGUUCAAAAUAUAACGUUCACAAAUUGAGCCGACAUAAAACUAAUCACAGACAUGAAUCAGUACAACCGUCUACCAAAGUGUAUAAGAAAGUUAUCGAAUCAGAAACUCAAGAUAUGAAACCAUCGGCUGCAAGUAAUUCAGAAGUAGUUAACAAAGACAAUACAGCAAACUUUAAAAACCGUGACAGAAAACAUAUGAAGAUAAUUGAUAAUAAAAGACGUAAUUCAGAAACUGUUACUUCAAAUAAAAAAUUGAUUACAGAGAGGCGACAUUCUUUGCAACUGUUCAAUUCUGAUGGAGUCAAACGAAAUAAUAAUGGAGCGAAAGAAAACAGUGAGUUACAAGUAAUAUUACAACAGAAAAAUAUUUCGAAUGAGAUUUCUAUGAAUAAAUCAGUUACCGAAAAACACAACUCAUACCGAAAAGGUGUUAUAGAAAAUGAUACCAAGUUAAACAUUCGUGAGGAAAAAAAGAUGCAAAUUGAAAAUUGUAAAGAUUUUGAUGAAAUAUCGAGUGCAUUAUCAAAGAUCUUCGAAUGCGAAACACCUAUUACAGAAAAGUAUUCAGAAUCAACAAAAACUUCAGAUGAAGUAACUAUAACUGAAAUGGAUAUUGUUUCUGAGUCUGUUUCAAAUUCAAACAGAAUAUCUGAGUCUGAAAUAAAAACUUCUGUUGGACCAAUAACUUCAAACAAAAUAUCAGGCUUUGAAAUCAAUCCUCAUGAAAACUCGUCUGCGUUGCCUUCGUUAGAGUCGCUGACAGAAUUCAAUUCAGAAACGGAAACGACUAUAUCUGAUUUUCCACAGGAAUCUUCUGAAAAGGAAACAUCUCUCCAAGUUGACAUCUCUGAUGAAGUAGCAACCAAAUCUUCAGGUGUAGAGGAAAACACUUCCAAUUGUUUGGAGUCUGAUAGCUGCAAAAAAUCUCUUUUCCAGUUACCCCAAGAUAUCACAUUUGAAAAAUCAAAUUCAGAUACGCCUAUGAUAAAAGUAACUGAAAAAGAUCAACUUGAAGUGAAUGGAAUAAAAAAUGAACUGAACUCGUUAGUUGAAGAUGAUAAAAGUGAAUCGAAAGCGCAGAAAAGUUUAUUCUUAGUAAAUACUGCCAUUAAAUGUGAAUUGUCGCUUCCUAGCGAAAACUGCAGUCCUCUUGAUGGUAUAUUCAUUCCUGAAUGUCACCGAAUUCACAGUUUUUUAGUUCUCAAUGAUUGCAGCGAAAUUGCAUCUAUUAUGGAUAGUCCCGAAGUUGAAAAAGACAUUAUAGUUAUUAAAAAUUGUUCAAUAAAUUCUGAAGUGAUGGAAAGUGAAGUGACAGAAAAAAGCACUGAUAACGAUUCUUUCGAUGAUGUCAUUGAAAUUAAGCCAAAUAUACCAGUUAUUGAUUUAACUAAAGAUUCUCCUGAUGCCAAUAUAACACAAAUAGACUCAAAAGAAGAUUUAUUGGAAUUAUUACACCAGGUUGACACAAGUGGUGAAAAAAUUACAAUCUAUCGAAGUGAUGAGACUUCGAACGAUUUGGCAGAAGUUCAAACAGUGUCUGUCUCAAUAUCACCAGCAGUACUAGGAGUGAAUGUGCAGAAAGAAAUCAAAACUGAUGAUGAAUCUGCUGAACCCAUUUCAAUUGUUGGAACAAAUGGAUCAAAUGAACAAACUGUUUCUCCAAUGGAAUACGAUGAAAUCACAACUUCAAUUGAUCCGAUAUCCGAAAAUAUAGAAACUACAUCAACAUUAUCCACACAAGUGGAAAAUGGUGGAAUAGCCGAGAGGCUCCUUAUGGAAAAAGAACAACCUGCCACAGAUAAUCUCCAUAUAGCUUCACCAACCCCUGUUGAAUCCAAUGAAGUAGAGUUUCUACAUCCAAAAACUUUGGACCAAAAUUCAGUCAGAAAAGUAACACCGAGAACAAAGAGCCAACUGAAUAAUACUUCAUUGGACGAAACGCCUCUUCACUCAACACCACAAACAAUAGGACAAAACUCAGAUCACUGCGAUAAUAUUGCAAAACUUACAAGAUUCGUUUUUCCACAUUACCUACAAAGAAUUCCACAGGGAAAUAGAUUGAAUCGAGCCCAAGUGAUGCAGCCUUCUGUGCCUUGUGGGGAAACUGUUUUAUUAUCCCAAACUAGUGAGGAAGGAACAAACGUACCAGAAGUGGUCAUUGGAAACAUAUCUUCAAAUAGUAAUGUGUCGCAGGUUCCAUGUCGCGCAGAAAUGAAUAGAAAUUUUCUUUUUUCCAAUCUGACUCAACAAGAAUAUUCAAUGGCAACUGUUCUCAUACCAUACAUUCACCUCAUGGUAUGCGUCAGAAAGGAUCUGACAGUUCACACGAAUAUUUUAAAGAAUAAUCUACAUUUUCUACCAGCAUUAGUGAAACAAGAGAUUAAACUGAGCGAAUAUGCCUACUCAUCUAAGUUGGAAGUUUAUUCAGAACAAAUUACGAAUGAAUUGAAGACACUGAAUUUAAUGGGCUCCAUGAAUAUCGUUACUGCUCAUGCCAUGAUAGAAUUGAUUUUUCGAAAUGUCUCAAAUGUUAAUAAGAAUUUCACUAAAACCAGUAUAAUUCUCUUUCUAGAACAUUUGAUGGAGCCACGUAACUCGUUUUACAAACGCUUUCGUUACCUACAGGCAUUUUAUGAUUACAUUAAAUUUCUUAGCAACGAAAUUCAACGACGUGGCCAACAAAUAGGAUUGACUUUAGGACAAAGAAAGAUUCUAGAGAACCAGAUUCGACAAUAUCAGCUUAUACUCGAAACCGAAAGAAAUCGACUCCGUAGUGCAGUGAAUCAGAAAACUACCCUCUACAAUUCUCGAAUAAUUCAAACAUAUUCAUCAAAUAAUCGAGAAGCUGAAAAGAUUAGUUUAUCGAAACCAGCCGGCUCUGGUUCCGUUGAUGCCACAGAGUUACCAGCCAGUCUUAGAUCACCUGCUCACAGACCUGCAGGUUUCACAGAUUCCUUGAGACAGAUUUUCGGUCAACCAAACCAUAACCAAAUGAAUUGUGCUAUACCCAAUUCUCCAGCAAUAGUCCAGUCUCCCGCUUACAGAUUUGAAAAAACACCUCAAAAUCAGUCUUCAGUGAUGCCAAAUCAAAGUAAAAUAAACGAUACUACACAUAUGCAACCAAUAGCGACUUCCAGAUUACCAGCUCACAGACCUGAAGAGAUGCAGUCACCUACAAUUCCCUACACUACUUCUAACAUAAGUAACGCUAGUGCGUUGACUCCCAGCCGUUUCACAGCACCUUUGAGAUACCAAGGUCGCUCACGAGGAGAGAUGCAAAAGCAACCACCGACAUAUUCUAGUAAUGCCAAUUUCAGCAAUAGUAAUACUCCCAUCACAUCUCCUGCUCGUGUGGGAAUACCCGCUUUCAGAUCCGAAGGACCUCAAUCCAGUCAAUUACCAGCACCAAUGACGUCGCUACUUCAUACUUCAUCUGAGAGCCCACCAUCACUGCCAUAUUCCAAUAGAGGUCAACCCAACAAUUCAUACCAAAGUUCACUAGUUCAGACACCUGAAGGUCUGCAUAAUGCAUCAAUGCAGUCCAAUUCUAAUAUGGCCUGUUAUUUGACACAUGCUGAAAAAUCACCAAAUCACAGAUCUAACAGUUCUCCGGCUAGUUUUUCACCAGUUUCGGCAUCCAUGAGUACUCCAGUACACCCUCCUGAUGUUGCCAAUGGACGCCAACUCAGGUUUGUGGUACCAAAUCAAUCUACCAUCAGAUCUACUAUCACGAGUUCUCCGGCGAGAAAUUCACCAAUUAUCUCAUCUCCUUCUCAAGUGGCGAAUCAAACUUCGCCAUAUAAUGCACCCAUCAUCAACAGUCCUUCAACGAGACCAGAGCAAGAUUCUUCAACAAAUGAUACAGUUAAUAUUUCCCAUAUUGAGUCUUCACCGAGGAGUACUAAUAUUGAAAAUUCUCCACAUGUGACACCUUGCCGUGCAUCAAUGCCGAAUCUCAUCAAUAUAAAACCUCCUGUGUAUGCCCCAAUGCCAUUCAGUCCUACGAAUUACAUCCAAGAUAAACCUGAUAACUCAAAUGAUGUAAAUGAGGAAAGUGCCCAAAAUCAUUGUGAAAAGGAAUCUGAUACUGAGGCUCAAGUUAUUGACUUGACCUGGCUAGAUGAAGUUGAUGAGGAGCAAAUUCAAAAAGAACUUGAUUUUAUCGUUGUGAAAAAAGAAGAACUGGAGGAUGAAGAAGUUAUAGUCAAUCGAGAACAGUUUCCUGUGGUUUCUUCUCCAGCAGAUAGUGGAAUUGCUAGUCCAAGUCUUCAGGAAGAGUGCAGUGAACUUGUUUAUGUAGAUAGACUGUGCAUUUGUGAAAAGCCAGCAGAAUAUCUCUGUAAGUGCAGAAUGGUCAUGUACUGCAGUGCAUCAUGCCAAGCCAGGGAUUGGAAGGAUCAUAGAUCUAUUUGUCUAAAAUACAGCAUCAGAUUCAAGGACAAUAAUCAAAUUGUGCAAUAAGCCUGCCUUGGUCAGUUUUGUUAUGAAUAAUAAGUAUUAUUAGUUAGUAUUAUGUUUGAAGGAAACUUGAGAACAUGUACAGUUUGUUAGGAAUUUUAUCCACAUGUGAUAUUUUCUCAUAUUGUUGUAUUAUAAAAUUGUAUCUAUGAAGUAUAGAUAUAGGUUUUUUUGUUACAUUUAUAUUUAUAUAUAUUAAUACAGAAUCCGAUUUCUUAUGACUGAUUCAAUAUCAUUUUAUGUUGAAAUUUGUUUCAGAAUUGUAGAUGAAUAUUCAAUUUCUUUGGAACUUAAAACUGAGGAAUUAACAUUAAUUUUGAGUUUUAUUCGAAAGUUAUACUGAGAAAAUGCAAUAUUUGCAAAAAUUUUGUUAUUCUAAUAAAAAAAUUAUAUGUAAUACACACAGUAUUGAAAUCAUGUUAUUCAUGUACAUGAAGUUUAUUGUUGUUUAUGAGAGUGAUGAUUAUAUGCAAUAUUAUUAGAAUAUAAGUACUUAAUUUCAUUUGUACUAGAAUUAUUACCAAAAAUGUUUUUUAUCAUCCAGACUUCUUAUUUGCAAGAGAUAUUAUAUGCCUCAGAAGUUUUUCUAGUUGGUUCCAAACUUCUCAACUUGAAGUUUUUUGGUUGGUAUCAAAUUUGUGAAUCGGUAACACUAAAAAUAGAGCACAAUUCAAAAGAAAUACAUAUUAUUCUAAUUGUUGGUUCCCAAAGAGUAAAUUUAUUCUGAGGUG